AUGAUUUCUCAGGUGGGAGAAGACGUUAAACUAACCUUAAUUGAUUUUGGACUCUCAGUUCAAUUGACCUAUCUAGAAGGAUCUGGAUUAAUGAGUGACAAUUGCGGGACUUUCUUGUAUAUGGCUCCAGAGUUGAUAUAGAAAAAGAGAUAUAACAGAAGUGUGGAUAUAUGGGCAAUGGGUAUUGUGGUAUACAAUCUCUUAACUUAAGGCAAGCAUCCAUUUUACUAACAAUUUGAUGACAAAGAAUCUUAUUGUGAAAAGAUUUAGUAAAUGAAAUGGAAUUGGCAGCCAGGGAUGAAUAACAAUUCAAUUAAUUUCUUGAUUAGGACAGUGGCUUUCUUGCCUGAAAAUCAACAUCCUUGGAUUACAGGUAAAGAAAACUCUACUGAGCCUUUCACCUUUAUCGAAAUCCUUAGAAGUCACAGCAAUUUUCAAAAAAUCAAGUCCUUGAUCCAAGCAAUCCAGUUUCUCCAAAAACUCAAAGUCUUGUGUCCCAAUGUUGAUCAAUUCAAACAUUACUCAACUCCAGUAGCUAAAACACCAGUUAGGAUAAUAAAGAUUCCGAAGUCAAAUAAUAAUCUAUUUCUCAAACCAAUGAGAAUGCUCUAAGGAUCUAAUGUUGAUACUGCUUCGAUUGGAUCAAAUAGAAUUUCCUAAUUCAAAAUCUAAACCAUCACUCAAAGAAGAGAAAGAACCUCAUGUGAUCACUUGUAAAAGUUGCAGUAGCAAAAGGAAUCUUCAAAAUUUCUGUUUCCUCAUUAUCAUAGAUCUUUGGAAAGAAGUGCUAAAUCCAAUCACACCAUUAACACGACAUCCGAUAAUUCUUUGAAUCAGUCAUCAAUUCUACAGAAAUCAGGUAUCACAGAUGGCAGACAAUCCUUGAAUAAUGUGAAGCCCCUGCAAUAAUUAAAGAGGACCACCUUUGCAUCAAGAGGAUAGAAUAUUCUCGUUUAACAAGAGGUGCUGGCUAGUCAAAGGGUAAGAAUAAGCAAGCCUCCAAUUUAGAAAAAGCCUAUAAACGAUUGA